AUGUCUAUCCGUGCGAAGAACACCGAAGCUGGAGUAGCAGUUGCAGAGCCGAUGCCGACGGAAGGAUCACAAACAGCGCCAUCAAUAUGCUCGCACGAUGAUAUCUCUACCUCGUCCUCGGAAAGUCCCCCAGAAGAAAAUGAUGGCGCCGUACUGGAGAAGAAGGAAAGUGAGACGCCCUCGCAGUCGGAACAGCUAGGAAAGGCUCGCAUCGCAGUCAUCAUGCUAUCUCUGUGCAUUGCACUCUUCCUUGCCGCUCUGGAUAUGACAAUCAUAACUACUGCGUUACCAGCAAUCGCUGGGCAUUUUUCGGCCUCGACCUCUGGAUACACAUGGGUUGGAUCUGCAUAUCUGUUGGCAUGUGCGGCGUCUGUACCAUUAUGGGGGAAACUGAGUGAUAUAUGGGGUCGCAAAUCUGUGAUCCUGCUGGCCAAUGUGAUAUUCCUUGUUGGAUCAGUUUUGUGCGGUGUCUCUGUCACCCUGGGGAUGUUGAUUGGUGGUCGAGUGAUUCAGGGAGUUGGGGGUGGUGGCUUGAUUAUCUUGGUCAACAUUGUCAUCUCGGAUCUCUUCUCCAUGCGGGAACGUGCCAAGUAUUUCGGUAUUGUGGGCAUGACUUGGGCUCUGGCGUCUGCUGUGGGACCAGUUGUAGGUGGAGUAUUCACAGAAAAAGUCUCAUGGAGGUGGUGUUUCUAUAUCAACCUUCCUCUUGACGGCUUUGCAUUCCUCAUGCUUUUCUUCUUCCUCAAACUCCAACAUGCACGGACACCUUUUAUCGCUGGCAUCAAGUCCAUUGAUUGGGUCGGCGUCGUCACCAUCGUCGGCGGCGUAGUAAUGUUCCUUUUCGGUCUGGAAUCUGGGGGAGUCACCCAUCCCUGGGCCUCAGCCUACACUCUCUGCCUCCUCAUCUUCGGCAUCCUAACCCUCUGCCUCUUCUUCGUGAACGAAUGGAAAUUCGCCAAAUACCCCAUCAUGCCGCUCUACCUUUUCAACAACCGCAGUGCCUGCGCAUCCUUCGCCUCCGCCUUCCUGCAAGGCUUCGUCUUUAUCUCCGGCUCCUACUUCCUGCCCUUUCUCUCCAUCCAGUCCGCCUUCGUCGGCGUCUUUAUCAAGAAAACUGGCCGCUACCGCGAACCCAUCUGGUUCGGCUUCGUCUGCAUGACGCUCGGAUUCGGCCUGUUCAUCGACCUCGACCCCACCCCCAACUGGGCCAAGAUCGUCAUCUACCAAAUCAUCGCCGGAAUCGGCGUCGGACCGAACUUUCAGAGUCCGUUGAUCGCGCUGCAAUCGACCAUAAAACCCCAAGACAUCGCGGUGGCAACCGGCACCUUCGGCUUCAUCCGCCAGCUCUCCACCUCCCUCUCCGUCGUCUUGGGAGGCCGGCUCGGCGCCUCCUCGUCGGGCUCGAAUGCCGAGUACCUGAAGACGCUGCCCCCGGAUCAGAAGGCCAUCGUCAACAUCGCAUACACGGCCAGUCUGCAGAAGAUGUGGAUCUUCUACACCGCGAUCAGCGGGCUGGCGAUCCUGGUCAGCUUGCUGAUCGGCAAGAAGGUGCUCAGCAAGACGCAUGAGCAGACGGUGACGGGGCUGCAGGAGCAGGAGCGCGCGAGGGUGGAGCGCGCCGAGGAGAGGAGGGCGAGGAAGGAGUUCAAGGAGGCGAGCAGGAGGAGUGGCGAGGCCAAGGGCAGCGAGGUGUGA